AUGAACUCCCUCACCACAGCCAUCCGUAACCAGUCCGCAAGGGCUCUUACUAGCCGUGUCGCAUCAACAACGACCUGUGUUCGCCCCACCGCCGCCAUCCGCCACUAUGCUACUGUCCGCAAGGAGCACACCUCGACCUCAAGGACUAUCAACUUUGUCCUUGGAACCGGUCUUCUCGUUGGAGGUGUCUUCGGUCUCUCCUAUGGGUUUGACUCGCGUGCCUCGAUCCACAAGUACGCCAUCAUUCCCUUGAUCCACUGGACCAUGGAUCCUGAGACUGCCCACAAGGUCGCUAUCAAGUGCCUCAAGAUGGGAUUGAGCCCCUCGGAUACCCAGGAAGACGAUGCCUCCCUCGAAGUCAAGCUGUGGAAUAAGACGUUCUCGAACCCAUUGGGCAUGGCAGCAGGAUUCGACAAGCAUGCAGAGGCAAUUGACGGAUUAUUCGAUCUUGGAUUCGGCUAUGUCGAGAUUGGCAGUGUCACCCCCGAGCCCCAGCCAGGAAACCCCCAGCCUCGCAUGUUCCGUUUGCCAGAGGACAAGUGCGUGAUCAACCGCUACGGAUUCAACUCGGAAGGUCACAAGGUCGUCGAGGCUCGUCUCCGCCAGCGCAUCAAGCGCUUCUUGUACAAGCACGCCCGCGAGGAGAAGGAUCAGACUCAGGACAAAUUGAAGCAAUCCCCUGCAGAAUCGCUCGUCGAACAACUCUCCACCAACCGCUCCCUCCGUGACGACCGUAUCCUCGCCGUCAACUUGGGCAAGAACAAGGCUUCGACCCCCGAAUCUGUAGAUGACUAUGUUAUUGGUGUCGAGCGUCUCGGACCCUAUGCUGAUGUCCUCGUCGUCAACGUCUCUUCGCCCAACACCCCUGGACUCCGCUCGUUGCAGCGUAAGGGAAUGCUUGAGGAGCUGUUGCGUCAGGUCAUCCAGGCCCGUGAUCGCCUCCAGUCCUCGUACAAGCCUCCAUUGCUUGUCAAGAUUGCCCCCGAUCUGUCGGACGAGGAGCUCGAGGAUGUCUCUGAGGCCGCUCUUGCCACCAAGGUCGACGGUAUCAUCAUCUCCAACACCACCAUCUCUAGACCCAAGUCGCUGCUCAACAAGGAUAACGUCAAUGAGGUCGGCGGUCUCUCUGGACCCGUUGUCAAGCCCCUUGCUCUCAGAGCCCUCCGCGCCGUCUACAAGCACACCGAGGGCAAGAUCCCCUUGGUUGGCUGCGGUGGUAUCUCGACCGGUCAGGAUGCCUUGGACUUUGCCAGGGCCGGUGCCAGCAUGGUCCAGUUGUACAGUAGCAUGACCUACGAGGGACCCGGUAUCGCUCGUGAGGUCAAGGACGGCAUCGUCAAGGGAUUGAACGGACGCAAGUGGAUGGACAUUGUCGGCGAGGAUCACCGCAAGUAA